GGCCGGGCAAGAUGGCGGCUUUCGGGGUCCUGAGCUACGAGCACCGGCCCCUGAAGCGGCCGCGCCUGGGCCCGCCCGACGUCUACCCGCAGGACCCCAAGCAGAAGGAGGAUGAGCUGACGGCCCUGAAUGUGAAGCAGGGAUUCAACAACCAGCCCGCCGUGUCCGGGGACGAGCACGGCAGCGCCAAGAACGUCAACUUCAACCCCGCCAAGAUCAGCUCGAACUUCAGCAGCAUCAUCGCGGAGAAGCUCCGGUGCAGCACCUUGCCGGACACGGGCCGCCGGAAGCCCCAGGUCAACCAGAAGGACAACUUCUGGCUGGUCACCGCCCGCUCCCAGAACGCCAUCAACGCCUGGUUCACCGACCUAGCGGGCACCAAGCCCCUCCUCCACCUGGCCAAGAAGGUGCCCAUUUUCAGCAAGAAGGAGGAAGUCCUGGGCUACUUAGCCAAAUACACGGUGCCCGUGAUGCGGGCGGCCUGGCUCAUCAAGAUGACCUGCGCCUACUAUGCCGCCAUCACCGAGACCAAGGUCAAGAAGAGACACGUCAUCGACCCCUUCAUAGAGUGGACGCAGAUCAUCACCAAGUACCUGUGGGAGCAAGUGCAGAAGAUGGCAGACUUCUACCGGCCGGGGGGCUGCGGGUCGGCCCCGGGACCCCCGCCCCACGACGUGGAGGCCGCCCUGCGCCAGUGGGAGUACAACGAGAAGCUGGCCAUGUUCAUGUUCCAGGACGGCAUGCUGGACCGCCACGAGUUCCUCACCUGGGUCCUGGAGUGCUUCGAGAAGAUCCGGCCGGCCGAGGACGAGCUGCUCAGGCUGCUGCUGCCCCUCCUGCUGAGGUACUCGGGCGAGUUUGUGCAGUCGGCUUACCUGUCGCGGCGCCUGGCGUACUUCUGCACCCGGAGGCUGGCCCUGCAGCUGGACGGGGCCGGCGGGCACCCGCCCCACGGCCCGGCGGGCCCGCCGCCCGCCGCCCUGCCCGCGCCCGCCCCGGCCCCGCCGCCGCAGCCCGCCAACGCCCCUCCGCCGCCCUUCAGCGACCUCCUCCUCUGCCCCCAGCACCGCCCGCUGGUCUUCGGGCUCAGCUGCCUCCUCCAGAGCAUUCUCUUGUGCUGCCCCAGUGCUCUGGUGUGGCACUAUUCUCUCACCGACAACCGAAUCAAGACCGGCUCGCCCCUGGACCAUCUGCCCAUCGCCCCGUCCAAUCUGCCCAUGCCCGGCGGGAACUCCACCUUCACCCAGCAGGUGCGAGCCAAGCUGCGGGAGAUCGAGCAGCAGAUCAAGGAGCGCGGCCAGGCCGUCGAAGUCCGCUGGUCCUUUGACAAGUGCCAGGAGACCACCGCGGGCUUCACGAUCGGCCGGGUGCUGCACACGCUGGAGGUGCUGGACAGCCACAGCUUCGAGCGCUCCGACUUCAACAACUCGUUGGACUCCUUGUGUAACCGCAUCUUCGGGCUGGGGCCCGGCAAGGACGGGCACGAGGUGUCGCCGGACGACGACGCCGUGGUGGCACUGCUCUGCGAGUGGGCGGUGAGCUGCAAACGUUCGGGGAGGCAUCGCGCCAUGGUCGUGGCCAAGCUCCUGGAGAAGCGGCAGGCCGAGAUCGAAGCCGAGCGCUGCGGGGAGUCGGAAGCGGCGGACGAGAAGGGCUCCGUCUCCUCGGGCUCCCUGUCGGCUCCCAGCGCGCCCAUCUUCCAGGACGUCCUCCUCCAGUUCCUGGACACCCAGGCCCCUGUGCUCACGGACCCCCGCAGCGAGAGCGAGCGGGUGGAGUUCUUCAACCUGGUGCUGCUGUUCUGCGAGCUGAUCCGCCACGACGUGUUCUCCCACAACAUGUACACGUGCACCCUCAUCUCCCGCGGCGACCUGGCCCUGGGCGCCCCCGGCCCGCGCCCGCCCUCGCCGGCCCCGGACGACGACGACCCCGACCGCAAGGACGGCGAGCCCCCGGGGGCCGCCAAGCUGGAGGACGCGGGACUGUCCGAGCCCAUGGACGUCGACCCCGGCUCCGGCGCCGCCUUCGAGGAGCUGGAGAAGCCCGACUUCUCGAUGUUCUCCCCAACGAUGCACUGCGAGGGCAAAGGCAGCCCGUCCCCCGAGAAGCCGGACGCCGACCGAGAGGCCAAGGCGCCGACCAAGGAGAAGGCCGAGGGCAGCCUGGGCGCCCUGUACGACCAGCCCCGGCACGUCCAGUACGCCACCCACUUCCCCAUCCCCCAGGAGGAGUCGUGCAGCCACGAAUGCAAUCAGCGGUUGGUGGUCCUCUUCGGGGUGGGCAAGCAGCGGGACGAAGCCCGCCACGCCAUCAAGAAGAUCACCAAGGACAUCCUCAAAGUACUCAACCGAAAGGGCACGGCCGAGACGGGAGGCGAGGACGGGCAGAAACGGCGGCGGAGUCGCCCGGAAGCCUUCCCCACGGCCGAGGACAUCUUCUCCAAGUUCCAGCACCUGUCCCACUUCGACCAGCACCAGGUGACCGCCCAGGUGUCGCGGAACGUCCUGGAGCAGAUCACCAGCUUCGCCCUGGGCAUGUCCUACCACCUGCCCCUGGUGCAGCACGUGCAGCUCAUCUUCGACCUCAUGGAGUACUCGCUCAGCAUCAGCGGGCUCAUCGACUUCGCCAUCCAGCUCCUCAACGAACUGAGCGUGGUGGAGGCCGAGCUGCUGCUGAAGUCGUCCGACCUGGUGGGCAGCUACACGACGGGCCUGUGCCUGUGCAUCGUGGCCGUGCUCCGCCACUACCACGCCUGCCUCAUCCUCAACCAGGAUCAGAUGGCACAGGUCUUCGAGGGGCUCUGCGGCGUGGUGAAGCACGGCAUGAACCGCUCGGACAGCUCCUCGGCCGAGCGCUGCAUCCUGGCCUACCUCUACGACCUCUAUACGUCCUGCAGUCACCUCCGCAGCAAGUUCGGGGAGCUCUUCAGCGACUUCUGCUCCAAGGUGAAGAACACGAUCUACUGCAACGUGGAGCCGUCGGAGUCGAACAUGCGCUGGGCGCCCGAGUUCAUGAUCGACACCCUGGAGAACCCGGCGGCGCACACCUUCACCUACACGGGCCUGGGCAAGAGCCUCACCGACAACCCCGCCAACCGCUACAGCUUCGUCUGCAACGCCCUCAUGCACGUCUGCGUCGGCCACCACGACCCCGACCGGGUGAACGACAUCGCCAUCCUGUGCGCCGAGCUGACGGGCUACUGCAAGUCUCUGAGCGCCGAGUGGCUGGGCGUCCUCAAAGCUCUCUGCUGCUCCUCCAACAACGGCACCUGCGGCUUCAACGACCUGCUGUGCAACGUGGACGUGAGCGACCUCUCGUUCCACGAUUCGCUGGCGACCUUCGUGGCCAUCCUCAUCGCCCGGCAGUGCCUGCUCCUGGAGGAUUUGAUCCGCUGCGCCGCCAUCCCCUCUCUACUGAACGCCGCCUGCAGCGAGCAGGAUUCGGAGCCGGGAGCCCGCCUCACCUGCCGCAUCCUGCUUCACCUCUUCAAGACCCCCCAGCUGAACCCCUGCCAGCCCGACUGCAACAAGCCGGCCGUGGGCAUCCGCUCUUCCUGCGACCGUCACCUGCUCGCGGCCUCGCAGAAUCGCAUCGUGGACGGGGCCGUCUUCGCCGUGCUCAAGGCCGUCUUUGUGCUGGGGGACGCGGAGCUGAAGGGCGCCAGCUUCACGGUGGCCGGCGGGCCGGACGAGCUCCCGGAGGAGGACGGGGCGGGCGGCGGGCGGAGGCCCGGCGGGCGCAGCGUGUCCGUGGAGACGGCCAGCCUCGACGUCUAUGCCAAGUACGUGCUGCGGAGCAUCUGCCAGCAGGAGUGGGUGGGCGAGCGCUGCCUCAAGUCCCUGUGCGAAGACAGCAACGACCUGCAGGACCCGGUGCUGAGCAGCGCCCAGGCGCAGCGCCUCAUGCAGCUCAUCUGCUACCCGCAUCGGCUCCUGGAUCACGAGCACGGCGACAACCCCCAGCGCCAGCGCAUCAAGCGCAUCCUCCAGAACCUAGACCAGUGGACCAUGCGUCAGUCAUCUCUGGAGCUGCAACUCAUGAUCAAGCAGACGGCCAGCAACGAAAUGAACUCCCUCCUGGAGAACAUCGCCAAGGCCACCAUCGAGGUGUUCCAACAGUCGGCCGAGACCGGAGCCGCCACGGGCCCCUCACCCCCCAGCAGCAAGGCCAAGCCCGUGCUCAGCUCCCUGGAGCGCUCCGGGGUGUGGCUGGUAGCCCCGCUGAUCGCCAAGCUGCCCACCUCGGUUCAGGGCCACGUGCUCAAAGCCGCCGGCGAGGAGCUGGAGAAAGGGCAGCACCUGGGCUCCUCCUCACGCAAGGAGCGGGACCGGCAGAAGCAGAAGAGCAUGUCCCUGCUGAGCCAGCAGCCCUUCCUGUCGCUGGUGCUCACGUGUCUCAAGGGGCAGGACGAGCAGCGGGAGGGCCUCCUCACCUCCCUCUACAGCCAGGUGCACCAGAUCGUCAACAACUGGCGGGAUGACCAAUACCUGGACGACUGCAAGCCCAAGCAGCUGAUGCACGAGGCCCUGAAGCUGCGGCUCAACCUGGUGGGCGGCAUGUUCGACACCGUCCAGCGCAGCACCCAGCAGACGACGGAGUGGGCCGUUCUCCUCCUGGAGGUCAUCAUCAGCGGCACCGUGGACAUGCAGUCCAACAACGAGCUGUUCACCACCGUGCUGGACAUGCUGAGCGUCCUCAUCAACGGCACGCUGGCGGCGGACAUGUCCAGCAUCUCGCAGGGCAUCAUGGAGGAGAACAAGAGGGCCUAUAUGAACCUGGUCAAGAAGCUGCGGAAGGAGCUGGGGGAGCGCCAGUCGGACAGCCUGGAGAAGGUGCGCCAGCUGCUCCCGCUGCCCAAGCAGACGCGCGACGUGAUCACCUGCGAGCCGCAGGGCUCCCUCAUCGACACCAAGGGCAACAAGAUCGCCGGCUUCGACUCCAUCUUCAAGAAGGAGGGCCUGCAGGUGUCCACGAAGCAGAAGAUCUCGCCGUGGGACCUGUUCGAGGGGCUGAAGCCGUCGGCGCCGCUGUCGUGGGGCUGGUUCGGGACCGUGCGCGUGGACCGGCGGGUGGCCCGCGGCGAGGAGCAGCAGCGCCUGCUGCUCUACCACACCCACCUGCGCCCGCGGCCCCGGGCCUACUUCCUGGAGCCCCUGCCCCUGCCCCCCGAGGACGAGGAGCCGCCGCCGCCGCCCGCCCCGAUGGAGCCCGAGAAGAAGCCCCCCGAGCCGCCCAAGCCCGACAAGGCCGCCCAGGCCCAGCCCCCCGCCGCCACCGCCGCCGUCGCCGCCGAGGAGCGCAAGAAGAAGCCGUCCAAGAGCAAGAAGCGCAGCCAGGCGGCCGGCAAGGCCGAGGACUUCGGGCUGGGCCCGGGCCGCGGCGGCCCGUACCCCGUGGCGGUGCCCACCGACGUCAUGCACCACCAGGCCGGGACGCCCGGCGCCCGGAUCAACUACGGACAGUCGCCCGCCGGCCUGUACCCCCAGAACCAGCCCCUGCCCGCAGGGGGUCCCCGCCUGGACACGACGUACCGGCCGAUGCGGGUGCCCGUGGGAAAGCUGCCGAGCCGGCCGGCCUACCCCGGCGUCCUGCCGUCGCCCAUCCCGGGGGUCUUGGGGCUGGACGCCGCCUACAAGUCGCCGGCCUACCGGCAGCAGGCUCAGCCUCAGCAGCCGGCCCCGCCGCCUCCUCCGCCCGUCCCUCAGGGCCAGUUCCUGCGACAGCAGCUGCAGGCCAAGCUGAGCCAAGGGAUCCUGGGCCAGCCCGCGGCCGUCCGGCAGAUCCCCCCCGGCUCCUCCUACGGCGCCCUGCAGGCCUCCCAGGGCUACACGCCGUACGGCUCGCACCUGGGGCUGCAGCAGGCGGCGGCGGCGGCGGCGGCGGGGCCGGCCCACCCCGCCGGGCUGGUGCCCCCCACGUACCCGGGCCAGCCCUACCCGGGCCCGCACGCCGCCACCGCCAACGCCACGCUGGUGGAGGCCACGCGCCACUUGCAGCAGCGCUCCAGCGGCUACAUCCAUCAGCAGGCUCCCGGCUACGGCCACGCGCUGCCCAACGCCCAGAGAUUCUCCCAUCAGGCCUUGCAGCAGGGGCCGCUGAUGGGCGGCCUGAACGCUCUCACGGCCCAGCCCGUGGCCCCCGGGGUCCGGCCCGGCCCCGUCCUCGCCGAACAACAACAACAACAACAACAACAACAACAGCAACAGCAACAACAACAACAACAACAGUAUCAACUCCGCCAGCAGCAGCAACAGCAGAUGCUCAGGGUGAGGGCGGGUGGGAAAAGGAUCGUCGUCGCCGUGACGACGGGAAUUCCAGCGCCCGGCAGGUGGGAGGCGCUCACCAAAUAG